CUUCUCUUUCCUCAGCCACUAGAAACUACCUCCUGCCUUCCCUCACGCUGGCUGCGGAGCAUCUCCGAGCAGCGGCGGCGCGACCUCGAAUAGCGGCGGCGUCUCUCCUCUCCACGGUGGCGCGUGAGUUGCAGGCGGUGAAAAGCGCAGCUCCCCGCGGAACCCUGACGGCCGGCGACGCCUCCGCACCAGCUUCUUCUCCGGCGGCACCAGAUCUGCAGCACCCAUGAAAGCACCGCAGAGAGGGAAUGAGAUUUCCACGAACUCUCAAGAUAUGGAAAAUGGGGAUUGUCAAUUACAGAGAUGCACUCCAUUUGCAACAAAGUCUGGUCGCUGCUAGAAAGGCAUGUAAAAUCCCAGACACCCUCUUGUCUCUGCAACAUCCACCCACAUACACACUUGGAAAAAGGCGCACUGAUCACAAUCUGUUAGUCCCAGAGUCUGAUUUAGAGAAGCUAGGAGCUGAACUUCACUACACAGAGAGGGGAGGGGAUAUCACAUUCCAUGGCCCAAAUCAAGCAAUUCUGUACCCAAUAAUUUCCCUUAGAAAUGUUGGAUUUGGGGCUAGAAAAUAUGUGGAGAAUCUGGAACUGAGCAUGAUUGAGAUGGCAGGGUUGUAUGGAGUGAAGGCUAGGGCUGGGGAGAAGGGGGAAACAGGAGUUUGGGUUGGAGAUAGAAAGAUUGGAGCGAUUGGGGUUAGAAUUUCAGGUGGGAUCACUUCUCAUGGUCUGGCUUUCAAUUUAGAUCCUGAUUUGACGUAUUUUAAGCAUAUUGUUCCUUGUGGGAUUGCUGAUAAAGAUGUGACCUCUUUGAGAAGGGAGACUGAGGCAGUGCUUCCUGGUGAAGCAGUUCUGGAGGAGCAGUUGAUUUCUUGUUUUGUUAAGUUAUUUGGUUAUGGUAGAACUCAGGUGGAGGUGAAUCCUCCUGUUGAAUUAGAUUUUGGGGCUAAGAUUGAGAGUUUGAAAUGACUUGUGAGGGAAGCACUUUGGUUAUGCUUUUGAAAAGUGCUUUUAAUGGGUUUUAAAGCAAUUGUAAGUUCUCUGGAAGUCUGUGUAAAUUUAUUCAUUUGUAGCUGUGUGGAUGACUGUGUUCCAUUUGUAAUUUUUUGAAACCCCACAAAUUGGGGGAUGAAUGAGAAGAGAAGGAUUGGGGGAAGAAAAUGAAGAUUCCAAGUUAAA